CACCACCACGGCCGGGCCACCCCUCUGCCGUGGCUGCUCUGCCGUGUCGUCGCCAGUACCUACUUGCCGACAUGCAUUUCCUGUUGGGCGGCCAGGCCAGGUGAUAGCAUGCAUCACAGGCGCAUGCUCCCGCUCACCCCCAAUUCAACCACCACAGCAAUCCGCCUGUGUGCCGUCAGGCUCCCUUUCCAUGAUGAGCUCGUUCUCAAAUCGCACUUGGACCGAUUCCUCAAGCGCUGGUCUGCGUUCAUCUGCGCUGCACGUGAGCGCCAAGUAAGACAUGCAUCGGCGACAGCACUCCUUUGGCACUAUUGGGAACGCUCCACCAUUCACCGAUUUGUCUCAGGUAACAAGCACCCCAAGUCCCGUCAGCAGAUGCUGCUAGCCGUCUGUACCUGGAGAACAAGCUCCUCAUCAACCGCACCAGCGCCAUUGUGCUCGCGCGGGGUACGAGGAGUGGGCAUUGGGAAUACGAGAGUUAACACGCCCGCGUAUCGUCGACCUGGUGGAGCUCUGGCAGUUCCUCUGGAAAACCGUCCACCAUCGAGGAUGUGCUGCAUGCCAUGGAGAGAAUGCCGACAAGGCUUUCUUGGUAGGUCAUGGCAUGCUACAGAGGCUUGACUCGUUGAGAGCCUCACGGAUGCCGGCAGGGUGUCCAGUGUCGAGUGUUGGACGCCCAGGCUGAAUUGAUAGGGAGCGUCCGCGAUUGCUCAACGUUUCUCCACAUCUGAUAAACGAGCCCUAGAUCCCUACACAUACCAUGAAACUCCAAGAGCCUCAAUCGAUUAAACACUAUUUCAAGAAUUACCGAAGGCUCCGAGCGACAUGCGAAAUCCUUGUUGUAUGAUUAAAAUAUCAUAGUGAACCCUCAGCGGGUCAUAGCCGUACGAGGUACCUCACUAUUUCCCCGAAGCAAUUCUUCCGGUGGCAAUUCGAUAGUUUCCGCGGAGACAAUGUCUACUUGGGCAGCCC